AUGUCGCCUGCGAAUGGGAGAAGCCUGCCCUCGCGCGCCAAUCCGCUCAUGCUCGAGCAUGUCCCCGAGCAUGCCGAGCUCGUCGCGCGCCGACGUCUGGGCCAGACUAAGCUGACUUCCAAGAUGGUCGGCGGAGACGAGGCCGAGUCCGGCACACUUGGUGCCUUCGACUACGCCCAUCUCCGCGCGCCCCUCCCCAAGGGCAUCGUCUCGGGCAUCUUCAAGUCGAGCCCGACCAGCUACUUCUUGAUGCGACGCAGCUUCGAUGGCUACGUCUCGGCCACCGGAAUGUUCAAGGCUACCUUUCCCUAUGCCGAGGCUGCCGAAGAAGAGGUCGAGCGCAAAUACAUCAAGUCGCUCCCGACCACGAGUCCCGAGGAGACUGCUGGUAACAUUUGGAUUCCCCCGGAGCAGGCCCUCGCCCUCGCCGAAGAAUAUGACAUUGGGCCCUGGAUCCGCGCCUUGCUUGACCCCACCAAGAUCUCCGUCUCGACCGCCUCGGAUUCGCCGCCCAAGAACAUCACGGCGCCUCCCAAGUUCGACCCACUCAAGGCGCCCAGGCAAUUCGUCCCGCUUACGCCCUCGUCCCUUCCCCGGAGCACCCGGGCACGCCGGUCAGCAAGUCCCGUCAAGGCCACCGCCAAGCGCGCCGUCGCGUCGCCCCGCAAGCGCAGCACCAAGGCCAAGGUCGAGGCCACCGAGACAACCGUCAAUGGCGAGGCCAAGAAGAGCAAGCAGGAGGGCUUCGUCAUGAAGACGUCGGCGUUUGAGCCCGCCGUGGUCCUCGAGCCCAGGGAGGAGGACCCCAAGGUCAAAGUCCAGGUUGACGAGGAGGUCAUUACGGACGUGAACGGCUUCGAGACGAAGCACACCGUCACCCAGGUCGACAUCCCCCUGCCGACCGCGGGCGAGCCGCCCAGCCCCGAGGAAGUCGCCAAGAUGAUGGACGCCGCCAAGGAGAUGGUCAAGCAGGACAGAGAAGCGGCGGACAAGGCGGCCCAGGUUCAAGACGUGCAAGAUGAGCAGGCCAAGCCCGAGACGGUGACCCCGACGGCCAAGAAGUCCAAACGAAAGGCGGGCGAUAUUUCUGUCUCCGAGAAGAGCCCGGGAAGCAAGGCAGACGCAGACGAAGAGACGGAGGAGGGGCAGGUUCGCGCAAAGAGGGCCAAGACCGAGGUGGAGCGGCAAAGAAACAGGGUCAAGAACAGGGCUCUCUUCGGCCUCAGUGCUACCGUUGCGGUGGGAGCUUUAGUUCCCUGGCUCGUCAACCUGCUAUAA